CAGGCAAGCAAUGCUAAAAGAAGCAUGGCAACUCGAAGACAAGUUGACGGUCUUGUGUCUUCUUCUUAUGGGAAGGCGCAGCAUCUCAGGACAACAUGAGCAGGAUUCUACCCGCGAGAUAGUCAUGUACAAUGAUUUGAAUGUGGCGGCGGGGGUGGAUGCGGAUAUCAGUUGCCCAAGACAGCACGAAUCAGCAUCCACGACGCUCAGAGACGAAACUUGUUUGCCUGAGCGAUCGGUCGUGGCAAGACGAAGACUCACCAAGCCCUAUCCUACCAGCAAAAAAUACCUCGUGUUUUGAAAGAACCCUUGCUGAUAUGAUGGCAAGGCUUAUACGCACACACAUGUAGCGGUUGUAUCAAUCCCCGUCGUGUACAGUGUCAUGAAGAUACCAUACCGCCUCCCUCUCUCCGACGCAGAAGUAUAUGACUCGAUCGACUGGCAGGUUGUCUGUCCGCGGCCUGUGGAGUGGUAUAUUAUCUCGGUCCCUCACCUGGGAUUUCUUUGGAUGCUCUGGUCGUUCCCCUCCCCUCCCCUCCCCUCCUCCCUC